AUAAGGACAAACAGCAAUGUUAGUCAGAGUUCCAGAUACUAUAAUCGGUCUCGUAAUUGUCCUGCCUCUCCUGCCGUAGGAAUCGCGGACACACCGUUGACAUGGUGGUAAUGCUAGUCGGUUGCCCUGCUAGCCGUCUUUGACUGUUUAUUAUCAAGGUAGAACGGGCGAUAAUAUGUAAUUAUUUGUCCGUUGAUGAAGGAGGAUGUGGAGGGGAUGUGGCUGAAUAAUGGGCAACGUCUUCGGGAGAAGAAGUCAACCCACGCGUGUAACGGAACAAGACAAAGCGGUUUUGCAAAUGAAGCAGCAGAGAGAUAAGCUGAAGCAGUACCAGAAGAGGAUCACCCUGCAACUGGAGAAAGAGAGACUUCUGGCAAAGCAGUUGCUUCAAGAUGGAAAGAAAGAAAAAGCACUGCUACUUCUUAAGAAAAAACGAUAUCAGGAUCAGCUGCUAGACAAGACUCAACAUCAGAUAUCAAAUCUAGAGCAGAUGGUCCAAGACAUUGAGUUCAUGCAAAUUGAGAUGGAAGUCAUCGAGGGACUUAAGGUUGGAAAUCAUUGUCUGAAGACUAUGCACGAGAUCAUGCGUAUUGAAGACGUGGAGAGAAUCCUGGAUGAGACCCAAGAAUCAAUUGAAUAUCAAAGGCAAAUAGAUGAAAUUCUGGCUGGAGCCCUGACGGAGGAGGACCAGGAGGCUGUUUUAGCAGAGCUGGAAGCUAUCAUUCAGGGAGACGAUGUAGAACUUCCAGAAGUACCUACUGAGCCAAUACCAGAGGUACCAGAGGCAGCUAAAGCAGAACCAGAGAGGAGUGAAGCAAAGGACACGCCACACAGAGAGAUGUUAACAGCCUAGAACAGAGUCAAGUUGCGGUUGGGAGCAGGUUUUCUUUGUACCGGUGGGCACUCUGUUGAUUCCACUCUUUCAUCCUCAAUUGUUAAUAGAUAAAGGUGGGACCUGCACUCAUCAGUGCUCCCCUGAAGUAUCUACAUAAAGGAUUUGUAUUAGCAAAGCAAUGUCACAUUGUAUUGUUUGGUUAUGGUGAAACACAACGAAUGGACACAUUUUUAGAUGCUUUACACAUUCAUUUUAGUUGUUUUCCAUAUUAAAUUGAGCUUUGGUCACAAUAUUUUUUCCUUUGCCUUGAUAUGUUGUGUAUCAUGCUUUCUCCAGAAGGUGGCACUCCUUGUUAGUUUCCUUUCGACUCAACAGUUUAAAAAGUAGGUGUGUGUGUGUGUGUGUGUGUGUCUGUGCUUGUGUUCAUUAACAUCCCAUCAGUAGUGUGCGUGGUUUUCGGCACAAAGUAGAAAGCCCAUGUUGACGGUACGUGGGAAGAUGUUUGACAAGAAAGCCAGUAUAGUAUUUACAAUCCCACACCAAGUUGGCACUUAGACUCUAAUUGGCAUGUACAAUGAAACUAACGCAAAGUAUCCGCUGUGAGGAAAAUAUCACCUACGGUAGCAGGGAAAACAGUCAAAGUAUGACUCACUUUGACUUUGCAGUGCAGUUGUAUACAUGAAGUUAUCUUUUGUAAACAUACAGGAGAGACGCUUCAUGGGGACCACUGCCGUUUUGUAGGUUGCUCAGAGGACAGCAACACUGUGCACAAAGGCUUUAAAGGGACGAGGCAGCCAAAAACAAAUGACACCAUACUGAUGUAAAUUCUAGUUCUGUCUUUUAUGUCUCCUUUUUUUGGGGCUGGGUUGGUUUGAUUAGGAGCAGCCACUCUUUGUCAGUUUAAUGUGUGAGGGUUUUUCUCUGAGGAUAACUUGA